AACAUCACAUACAAUAACAUUGAAUGUAUUCUAACCAAGUAUUCACAGUGUCGUAAGAAUGGCAAUUUUUCCAAAUAUAUCGCGAAAUAUUCGGAGGAAUUUCAAUAAUAUCCAGAAACUAUCAAUAGCACAAUAUUCUUCCGAGCACCGGAUCAAACGUAGUAAAAAUCAACAAAAGGUUGGAUUCGAAUCAAAGCCAAAUUCAAACCAAAUUAAUUCUGAUUACAUUGGACCGCCAGAUAAAAUAUCAAAUUUAAGACCUGUAUUACGAUACAUACCUAAGGAUGAAACACCAAUUGAAAAGGAGCUACGAUUAAAACGCAUCGCAGCUGAAGAAUGGAAUCAAACAUUCUGGACACAGCACAAUCAAAAAUUUGUUAAGGAGAAGCAAGCCUUCAUAAAAGCCAAUAAAGAGGCGGAAGAGGACACAUUAUCAGCCGAUAAGAUGAGCGAAUUUUACAAAUCAUUCUUGGACAGCAAUUGGAAAUCACACUUUCAAUAUAAUCGAGAAUGGUACAAGAAAAAUUUUGAGAUUUUGCUGUUGUCAUAUCGAACAAAAUUCCAAUUAAAACGCUGGUUAAAACUGAAGACGAACCCGUGAUUGUUUAUUUAUUAUGUCAGCAGAAAAGUUAUUGUGUAACGAACACAAUUAAGAACAAUUUUAUUGAAUAAAUGUUGAAUUUUGUUUCAAUUUGAA